CACGCUAAUUAAAACACCAUCGACAAUAUCCAACUGGAGAAGGCACACUUACGCAUCACUUUUUCUUCUUCUUCUUCUUCUUCUUUUUUUUUUAAGAAAUUCACAAUUUUCUUGAGGGGAAAAAUUGUACGAUUUGAGCAAAAUGCCUAGGGUGAGGGACCUGAUGUACCCCACCUUUGCGGAGGAGAAGGCCAGACACAAGAAGAAGCGUCUGGUCCAGUCCCCCAAUGGCUACUUCAUGGAUGUCAAAUGCAUGGGCUGCUACAGGAUCACCACCAUCUACAGCCAUGCCCAUACAGUGGUGCCCUGUGCUGGAUGCUCCUUGGUCCUCUGCAGGCCACGUGGGGGGAAAUGCAGACUCACCACAGGCUGCGCCUUCAGAAGGAAGUAUCAAUGAGCUGACAUGCAGCAGUACACCCGCAGACGGCAAGAUCGCCCACUAAAGUCACCCGUCUGACGGCUUUAGUCCUCUUAUUGCUUUUAUCAGUGAAAUCAUGUUCAAUUUCCUUUGGCUUUUUCUUGGACAAGAAUUUGGGAAACAACUCCUUUCAUGUCAAAGUGAAAAUAGAAUAGAGAAGUAAAUGAAUGUGCAAGCGCUCAUCGCCUAAGUGAAAAUAUACAAGGUCAAGUAAAUGAAGGUAUAAGUAUUCACCCCCAAAUUAAAAAUAUACAAGGUCAAGUAAAUGAAGGCAUAAGUAUUCACCCCCAAAUGAAAAAUAUACAAGGUCAAGUAAAUGAAGGUAUAAGUAUUCACCCCCAAAUUAAAAAUAUACAAGGUCAAGUAAAUGAAGGUAUAAGUAUUCACCCCCAAAUUAAAAAUAUACAAGGUCAAGUAAAUGAAGGCAUAAGUAUUCACCCCUAAAUUAAAAUAUACAAGGUAAAGUAAAUGAAGGUAUAAGUAUUCACCCCCAAAUUAAAAAUAUACAAGGUCAAGUAAAUGAAGGCAUAAGUAUUCACCCCUACAUUAAAAUAUACAAGGUAAAGUAAAUGAAGGUAUAAGUAUUCACCCCCAAAUUAAAAAUAUACAAGGUCAAGUAAAUGAAGGCAUAAGUAUUCACCCCUACAUUAAAAUAUACAAGGUAAAGUAAAUGAAGGUAUUAGUAUUCAUCCCUUAAUUAAAAAUAUACAAGAUCAAGUAAAUGAAUGCAUAAGUAUUCAGUCCCUUCAUGUCAGUAUUUGGUAGAUGCACCUGAAAAAUCAAAGGGUGUGAAUACUUUUGCAAGGUUUUUCAAGCCUGCCCUCCUGUAGAUGUGUUAGUAGUCUACCAAGCAAAGUAAUGCAGUAGUAUGACUAUUUUUACAAUGAACCAUACAUGGACUAAACUAAAGUUUCCAUCUUUGAAAGGCAGCAUUGAAAUGCACACAAAAAGGUGAAAGGUCACAGCAUGUUUAUUAGCUGACACUUGGUGGUGUUGUAUGAGAGCAUGAGGUGACAUGAACAAAUACAGGUGUUGUGCAAGUUUC